AUGAAAUUUACUGAAUGCCUAGUUUUCUGUAUAUUGGCCUCAUGUGCCUCUGGCGCUCCAACCCCAACUUCAACUGUUUCUUCUGUUUCUAAAUCCCUGGUUUCUUCAACUUCUAAAGCUUCUGCUGUUCAUCCCACAAUUAUCAUCUCCACAGCUUCUCAUCCCACUACUAAUACUCGCCCAACAAUCACCGCAAGCAUACCCACAACCUUAAAACAAGUCGUGGCCAGCCAUAGCGCGGCAGUCCCUGCAGCUACAGUCUCAUCAAACCCAAAAUCACCUUUUUCAUCUUCUUCCUCAGGUAACACUGAUAUAGCACCACUCGUACAAGCCGCACAACUCUUUAACAUUCAAACUUUCCGCGAGGGUGUGCCAUAUCUUCACAAAAGACAAGUGCAACUGACUCCAAGCAACGAGUUGGUAAUUAAUGCAGAGCAAGGAACAGGGUCUGGUGUGAUUCCUUUUGUGGGAUACUUAUCCGACAUGAGGACACUUGUUGCUACGCGCGACGAUAGCAACACUAAAGCAAGCGUUGCUGUAUAUCCAGAUGGGUCAUUAAAACUGUGGCUCAACUCUUUAAUUACAGUUCCCGAUAAUACUGAAGAGCCUGUAGGUAAUAACAAUAGUACAGGAAUAAUUUUGGCAGACGGAACAGAAGUGGGGCCAUGGACCAUUACGGCUGAAAAGUUCUUGACACUUAACAGUAAUAGCAACGCAUGGUCGUGUCCUGAAGGAAAGUCUGGUGUGUACCACAUUUAUUGGAGUGAGGACAGACCAACCGGCAAGUUUGGGUGCCUGAAGGUUGAUUUGUAUGUACCAGAUGGGGUGACUGGCGUGCUGCAAAAGAGGUUCUUUGUUCCGGAGGACAUUCUGAAGGAGCCUUCAUUGAAACGGCAGUUUUGGGAGUUUGUCAGGAGACACUAA